AAACAAUAACAAUUCGUUUGUACAAUUAAAAGUAAAAAAAGUCUCCGUCUAACGUCUACAAUUAUUUCCACACAUCGACAGAUAAUGGACACAGAAAGAGAUGAUAGCGACUCUGUCGUCAACAUGGAGGACGUUUUAAAUUGGACUGCCAGGAUGACGGUGGAAGAUAAUGGGUGCAGUGAACGUGUUGGGAUCAUCAAGUCCAUAUUGUACCAUAUGACCAGUGCGGAGCUGAAGCUUAUUCCAAGCAUUCUCAGUCACGCCAAGGGCAGGAUGACAAAACUUGAAACAAAAUGGAGGGAGGUCAGGUCGGGCGAAUUAGGAAUGGAUAUGGUAGCUCCAGCACCGGCUGAGAUAGCCCUGUCCAUUCCUGAAAAAUCUAUCGUCCCUUAUCCAACGCCUUUUGAAUUUCGAGAAAUGAUAAAAUUUCAAGGUUGGUGGAAGAAAUUUAAAAAGGAAGACUUCCUGGGAUUCGACGUCGAGUUUGUCGAGAUACUUGGAAACAUUGCACAUGACGUACACAAGGCUGGAAUCGUAGGAGUGUGGAAAAAUGAGCAGGUCUAUCUUCAUCAACAAGUUAAGUGGGACCGUACGAAAGUCAAGAUUACACCGUUCAGCAUCAAGUUAAAUGGCAUAACAUACGACUCUUUAAAUACUGGACUAGACUUUACUGAAAUGAAAUCCAAAAUCUCCAACUUAUUCAACAAAAAAAUCAUUCUCACGGUGGGAGGAAAUAAAGAUUUUCGUUCGUUAGACCUGGACGCCAAUGAGUUCAACACGUUUGACCUACAAAGCUUCUACAACAGAACCGACCCAAACAAUCCGGCACAGCAGCAGGGAAUGUCACUUCGUGAUAUUAUGUUUUAUCACUUCAAAUCUGAUUGUCAGAAGGGGGUGCAUAGUGCUCUUCAAGAUGCUAGGAAUACUCAUACUUGUUUCUUUGGUGGCUAUGUCCAGGACAAAAGAUUUUGGAAUAAUGAUGGCUUGAAGGACAUUUGUUUUAACGAUGUUGUGAAUUUGAAUAGUUAAAAACACCGUAAACUUUUAUACUGUC